UUUAGCUGGGACUGUGGUUGUCAUUCACUGUAUUUGAUGGCCCAGUUUGAUAAUAACCUUGUGCUGAGAUAAGACGUGAUUAUUUUUUUGUGCUGUAGGCUCUGGAAGUGAUGUUUGAUGUAUCAUGAUUUACCAAUUUGUUUGUGUAUUUGUGGGAGGGGCUUCUCAUGUGAGUGUGAUUGUUGGUGAAGAUGAUUAGUAUAAAGAUGGUAAUGUACGAAAAGGUUAUGUAAAAGGAAAUGCUGAAGUGCAUCCGUAUCAAAAUUUUCUCUUUAUAUUAUAUGCAAGGUUGAAUCUGUGAAAGUUUUCAAUUAAUGCUUCUUGUCAUUAUCAUUAGUAAUGGUUUAACUGGAAUACUAUAUCCUCAUUUACCUGAACAUAAUUUUUUUCAAUAUGCCAAUGAAAUAAAAGAACUGCAAAGAAAAUAUUUGCAAGUCUCAUCAGUAACAGAUUUUAUUUGAGAAAAGUGAAACAUAGUUGAUGACAUAAAAAAGAGGAUGCGAAGAUUUUCCUGGUAUGCCUUUUUAACAGAUGAAGUGGCAGGAAUGGCAUACGACCGGCUAGGUGAGGACACAGGUGCCGAGGGCGUUAAGCUUCCAUACCACCAGCAGGUUCUCAAGCUGGGGAGUGAUGAGGAGCUAACACUCUUUGGUUACUGUCGAGCUUCCUGCAAGACUUUUGCCUUCUACCUCGUCACACUUAUAACCUUAGGUAUUCCCUUCCUUAUUGUGUAUUGGAAGCCAGAAUGGGGUGUCUACAUGAAGAGACGGAGGUGCUCUCUUAUGGAGGCUGAUAUGCUAAUCAUUAAGGACAUGGAUGGACAAAUUUACGUUUCAUCAGUUGAUUCAGAAAUGGUGGAGGCUGGCUUCCCCUCCAAAUAUGUCAUUUCCUCACACCUCCCAAAUGGGGCUUCCAAUGGAGUUCACAAUGGAGCUUCAGAUUCCACACAUCUCACACAGCCAAGACACAGAAUUAUAAGAUACUUUAUCUUUCAACAUAUCAAGUACAUGUGGAUCCCAGGCAAACUCUCCUUUGAGAGGCUCUAUGGCUGUGAUAGUAACACAACGAUAAGCUCACUACUUAAUGACUUCAGGGGAUAUACUGUUGAGGAGCAAAUGUUAAGGCAGCAGCUAUAUGGUCGUAAUGGCAUCAGUGUUGAGGUCAAAUCAUACUUCCACCUCCUAGUAACAGAAGUCCUGAACCCUUUCUACAUCUUCCAAAUUGCCUCCAUCGUCCUGUGGUCGUUUGACAAUUAUGUCCUCUAUGCUACUUGUAUCUUCCUUGUCUCAUGCCUUUCUGUUGCUGUUUCGCUUUAUGAGACUCGCAAGCAAAGUCAAUCACUACAUGAUAUGGUGGAGGCAUCAAAUGCUAAUACUGCAACAGUGCUGAGAUCCACGAUAGAGAAAACCACUGUUGAAGUAGAAAUCAACACAACAGACUUGGUUCCUGGUGAUGUGUUGGUCAUUCCUGGAACAGGCUGUCUCAUGGCUUGUGAUGCUGUUCUCAUCUCUGGUAAUGCAAUUGUCAAUGAGAGCAUGCUGACAGGCGAAAGUGUCCCUGUGACCAAGACACCUGUGACAAUAUCUGAAGGGAAUGAGACCUACUCAGCGGAGAAGCACAAACGACACACCUUGUUCUGUGGGACGGCUGUCAUCCAAACCAGAUACUAUGGCAAUGCACAGGUUUUAGCUGUGGUUGUGCGGACGGGAUUCACCACAGCGAAAGGGGAGUUGGUGCGCUCCAUUCUUUAUCCACGACCUCUGGAUUUCAAGUUCUACAAGGACUCCAUGAAGUUCAUUCUCUUUAUGUUCGGCAUUGCUUCUGUUGGCAUGUCUUAUUCAAUCUAUAUUUACAUUAUUCACAAGGAAACCAUUUUGAAGACUGUGGUUCGUACUUUGGACAUCGUGACCAUUGUUGUACCCCCGGCACUCCCUGCAGCUAUGACAGUUGGAACGUACUACGCUCAGAGUAGAUUGAAGAAAAGAGGGAUAUUUUGCAUAUCACCUCCAAGGAUUAAUGUCUCAGGGAAACUCAAACUGGUCUGCUUUGAUAAAACGGGAACCUUAACUGAGGAUGGGCUGGAGGUCUGGGGUGUGGUCGAAGCAAAAGGAGAACAUUUGAGCACCCCAGUUAUGGAUGUGUCUACGCUUGAUCACACGUCGCAGCUGGUGGCAUGUCUUGCAACGUGCCACUCCCUUACCUACGUCCACGGGGAGCUCACUGGCGACCCCCUCGAUGUGAAGAUGUUUGAGGCGACGAAAUGGGAACUGGAGGAACCUGAGGAAGAUGACACCCAGCGAUUCGAUAACCUCAUUCCCACUCUUGUUCGGCCCCCCAAGUGUCCAGUCCACCAUUCUCCCCCAGCCCCACUUCCCUCUUCCUCCUCCUCUUCCUCGUCUCUCCAUCCUCCUCCUUCAUCUUUUGCGUCUCCCUCUCUCCCUCCUCCUCAAACUUCACUCUCUCCCUCUCCCCCUGUUCCUCCCUCUCCUCCACCCCCCUCUCCCUCCAUCCCUUGCACCAACACUCCACUCACUGAAUCUGAAGUCACUGCUUCUGCGUGUUGUGAGACCACCUGCACCUCUGUCGUUCCGCACACUGCCGUUAGCGAUGGGUGUGGCACUAAUUUUGUACCUCAAGGUGUCAGCUUGAUAGAACAGACGUUGGAGGAGGCAGCACCUGGCAGUGCCAACUUCGACCAGGUCACACCAACCGUGGUGAAGCCAAGUAAACGUGAAGUGUAUAUUGAUCCCCCAGACAUCACCAAUGUGGCUGAAACGCCAUUCCAGGUGCCUUAUGAACUUGGCAUUGUCCGCCAGUUCCCCUUCAGCAGCAACACACAAAGGAUGUCCGUACUAGUGAGAGUCCUCGGCCGUCCCUAUAUGGAUCUGUAUGCCAAAGGAGCUCCUGAAGUUAUUCAGAGUCUCUGCCGUCCUGAGUCAUUACCUGAAGAUCUGGGCCCCAUCUUGACUCAGUACACAAUACAAGGAUUCCGUGUCAUAGCGCUUGCCCAUCGCACCCUAGAGACUAAAUUGUCCUGGCAUGCUGCGCAACGGAUACCAAGGGACCAAGUUGAGUGUGAUCUGAAUUUUGUAGGCUUGCUCAUCCUACAAAACAUGCUGAAGCCUGAAACUGCUCCAGUUAUUCGACAACUGAGGGCUGCAAAUAUUAGAACAGUGAUGGUCACAGGAGACAACAUUUUGACGGGGAUCAGUGUAGCACGCGAUUGCGGCAUGGUGGGAGAAACGGACCACGUCUUGUUGGCCAAAGUCACUGCCCCCAGUCCGGAGCACCCCGCCUCUCUCACCUUUGAACCUGCUGACACACCAGAUAUUCUGGUACAAUACUCGGAUGACGUGGACAAUAAGUACACUUGCAUGAAUGUGGAAGAUGGUGCCCCGAAGUACCACUUAGCUGUGACUGGAAAAGCCUGGGCAUUGUUGUGCCAAUAUUUCCCUGACCUUGUUCCUAGAAUUGUUGCAAAGGGGACAGUGUUUGCAAGGAUGUCACCUGAUCAGAAAGCCCAGCUUGUGGAGGAGUUGCAAGCAAUUGACUACAUUGUGGGCAUGUGUGGGGAUGGUGCUAAUGAUUGUGGGGCUCUAAAAACUGCGCAUGUAGGAAUCUCGCUCUCAGAAGCUGAAGCCAGUGUGGCUGCUCCCUUUACCUCCCACACAGACAACAUCCAGUGUGUGCCUCAAGUAAUAUGUGAAGGGAGAUGUGCCCUUACUACUAAUUUCUCUGUCUUCAAAUACAUGGCACUCUACAGCAUCAUCCAGUUUGUUUCGGUUCUUAUUCUGUAUACCGCAUACAGCAACCUGACUGAUCCUCAGUUUCUCUACAUUGAUCUCUUCAUUGUAACUGUCAUUGCUGUGUUUAUGGGAUAUACAGGAGCUCGGCAUGAGCUAGUGGCACACAAACCCCUUGGAAAUCUGCUUGGAGCUGUGAACAUGUUCUCGGUUUUGUCGCAGAUAGCACUGGUUAUCCUUACACAAGUCAUUGCAUAUCUUUACCUUCUGCAGCAACCCUGGUUUGAGCCCAACAAACCAACACCAGGAGAUGAAGAGGACAACACUGUGAGCUGGGAGACAGGAACCAUUUUCUAUGUGUCGGCCUUCCAGUACCUGACUCUUUGUAUUGCUUACUCACCUGGCCACCCUUUUAGGCAACCCAUUUAUACCAACUUCUGGCUCACGGUGUCUCUGGUCUCGUUGACGGUCAUUACCCUGAUGAUGCUGCUCUGCCCUUGGUCUUGGCUGAUGGAACUCAUGAGGAUUAGAUAUGAUCCUGAGAACAACCUUAUGAUGUUCCGUGUGGCGCUGCUGCUCAUGAUUGCACUGCACUUUGUGGUUUCUCUGUCGACUGAGCAUUUCAUUGCGAGAAGCCGCUUCCUGAAGAAGUGUUUCCAGUGGAUAACCUGUAAGCGAGAACCCAAGAACAAAUACAAGAUCGUCCUUCGUGAUAUGAAUGAAGACUUAAGCUGGCCUCCUAUUGGGACACCAUUAUAUGCUACACUUCAUACAUAAUAGUGUGUAGAAGAUAUGAUAUAUAUAUUUGUAUAUUUUAUGUUUUAGAAAUUGAUUGGUUGGAAAUUUUUCCCAAAAAAAAAGAAAUCAGGUUGUCAUGAUUUUGAUUUAUUGAUUUAUUCAUUUUAAACAUGCAUUCAUUGAAAUUUUAUAUCUUUUAUUCAGUUGUAUCUUAUUGUGUAUUUGAUAUGCUAUGCAGGCAUAUAUAAUUAAUCUAUUAUCACCAGUGUUAUGGGUGCUUUAUAUAUAUAUAUCUAUAUAUGUAUCUAUAUUUAUUUUAGUUUCCAGAUCAGUUUAUUUUUUAAUGAAAUGCCAGUUCUUACAGUAAUCGUAUCCUGAGAUGAGUGAUCACUGCAGCAAUAAACAAAUGUUUACCCAAUGCUGUAAGCAAAAUUUAAUCAGCUCUUAUUUGUGCUUCAGGAUUGUAAGAAAACAAAACAAAGAAGCAAAAAAUUGGAUGACCAUUCCAUAGAAUAUAAUGUAUUGGAGGUUUGUGAUAAAGAGCGCUUAUAGAUAAAUGAGUUUAUGAUAAUGGAAAGCUUUCUUUGUUUCCAUGAAUGUGACAGAAAUCAUUAUUUUGGUAAAGCUUACUAUUGCUGUGCACUCAGUUCAGCUCAUAGAUUAUUGUGCUGUUUAUCAUUUUUACGAAAUAUGAAAUAGAGGAAGCUGUAUUUUUGUAAUAGUUCAUUCGCAAUCUAAAAUGAGGUUAAUGCAGGUGAAUUAGAUAUUGUUUUAUGAAAGUAAAUGCACAUACUUAUUUUUCUAUGUAGGAAUAAUGAGAUUUAGUGAGUAAUGUAUUUUAAGGAUGUAAUAAGCAUGUUUUUUUCUUUUUUUUUCUUUUUUUUUUUUUUCUUUUUACUUUAGCACUGAGAGGAAUUUGAUUGCUAUUUGCAACAUUUUUUUGUUUGCAGUUGAUAACUUUAUUUUAGGUUAUUAUUUUUUAAAAUCUUUCAUCCUAUUUUUAAAAGUAAUAAUUUGAUAGUUGAACAUAAUACUGAAAUGCUAUGAUUUUUUAAUUCAUUUGCAUUUUAGUUAAGGAAAGUGCCUUUGAAUAUUUGUUCCGCUAUCUAUUACUGUAGAUUGUGUCAGUAUUUAGCCUGGAUCUGAUGGUUGUGUUCUGAUUGGUAAAUGUGAUUUUAUUUCCUGUUAGUGCACGAAAGGAGUAUUGUGGAUUUCUCUUGAAAUUAUUCACAUACUUCUUAACAUUUGAGUCAUACUCUUUUUAUAGUUGUACUGUAUAUGUAUAUAGUGAGGUAGCUAUUCCUUCUCUAUUGGCGAUGAAGCGAGAUAAAUUACGAAUAUUCUAUGCAAUAAGGACUUCAUCAGAACUAAGUGGAAUUGUUAAUUUUAUAAGGAAGGAUGGAUGUUCAUUUUUUGAUUGUAUACAUACACACAUGCACACCACACAAGCACCACGUGCACAUGCGCAUGUACACCCACAUCCACAUCCACAUCCACACCCACAUCCACACCCACAUCCAUACCCACAUCCAUACCCACAUCC